AAAAAACAGACCAGAAGAGGGGCUUAGGAUUUCUCCUCGAGCAGAUUUGAAAUUUUUUAAUUUUUCUUUGCUUGAAGAAUUCCAAGCUUCUUAUACUCCCAUUUGAUUCAAUCGCAUUUCUGGGAAUUUUUGUUUAUUGUUCUUAGAAUUAUUUCUGGGUUUUCAAGUUGCAGAGUUCGUCUGCUCCUUGCGUAAGUUACGUACAGACAUUUACCGUCGUUUGAAUUUGUGAACGAUCAUCUGUUAUCGGCGGAUUCUCAUGCGUUUAGAUCCAAAAGCAAGCAAAAAUUGUUUCUGAUCUGAUAAAUCUCCGGUGGAAAUGGCUUGUACUACUGUUAAUGUGGGCUCUUUAGUUUGGAUCGAAGAUCCAGAGGAGGCAUGGAUAGACGGUGAAGUUAUCGAGGUUAAAGGAAAUGAUAUUAAGGUCCAGUGUACCUCAGGGAAGACGGUGGCUGUUAAAGUUUCAAAUGCCUACCCAAAAGAUGUCGAAGCUCCUGCUUCUGGAGUGGAUGAUAUGACAAGGCUAGCAUAUUUACAUGAACCAGGAGUCCUCCAAAAUAUGAAAUCAAGAUUUGAUAUCAACGAAAUAUAUACUUACACAGGGAAUAUUCUAAUUGCUGUAAACCCUUUUAGAAGACUACCACAUCUAUAUAACAACCAUAUGAUGCAACAAUAUAAAGGUGCAGCCUUUGGAGAACUGAGCCCCCACCCUUUUGCAGUUGCUGAUGCAGCUUACAGACAAAUGAUAAAUCAGGGGAUUAGUCAAUCAAUCUUGGUAAGUGGUGAAAGUGGAGCAGGGAAGACUGAGACUACUAAAUUGCUCAUGCAAUAUCUGGCAGACAUGGGAGGUCGAGCUGUUUCUGAAGGAAGGACAGUCGAAAAGAAAGUUUUGGAGUCCAACCCUGUUCUAGAAGCAUUUGGAAAUGCAAAGACCGUUAGGAACAACAAUUCAAGUCGAUUUGGUAAAUUCGUGGAGAUUCAGUUCGAUCAAAGGGGCAGGAUAUCAGGAGCUGCUAUCAGGACUUAUUUGUUAGAGAGGUCGCGGGUUUGCCAGGUCUCAGAUCCUGAGAGGAAUUAUCACUGUUUUUACAUGCUCUGUGCUGCACCACCUGAGGACAUAAAAAAAUGGAAAUUGGCGGAUCCAAGAACAUUUCAUUACCUGAAUCAAUCUCAAUGCAUUGAGUUGGAGAGAAUGGAUGAUUCGAAGGAGUAUCAUGAAACUAGAAAGGCAAUGGAUGUUGUUGGGAUAAAUUCAGAGGAGCAGGAAGCAAUAUUUCGAGUUGUGGCUGCUAUUCUUCAUCUAGGCAACGUGGAAUUUGGAAAAGGAAAAGAAGCAGACUCGUCAGCCCCAAAAGAUGAGAAGUCCUACUACCAUCUGAAGACUGCGGCUGAGCUUUUCAUGUGCGAUGAGCAGGCUCUCGAAGAUUCUCUUUGUAAACGUGUGAUUGUGACACGUGAUGAAAACAUUACGAAAUGUCUGGAUCCAGAAUCUGCGGCCCUAAGCAGAGAUGCAUUGGCAAAAACUGUGUACUCAAGAUUGUUUGAUUGGAUUGUGAACAAGAUCAAUGAUUCAAUUGGACAAGAUCCUGAUUCAAAAUAUUUGAUUGGAGUGCUGGAUAUAUAUGGAUUUGAGAGUUUCAAGACAAACAGUUUUGAGCAAUUCUGCAUCAACUUGACGAAUGAGAAACUUCAGCAACAUUUCAAUCAGCACGUCUUCAAAAUGGAACAAGAUGAAUAUAAUAAAGAAGAAAUUGAUUGGAGCUACAUUGAAUUCGUAGAUAAUCAAGAUAUUUUGGACCUUAUUGAAAAGAAACCUGGCGGUAUCAUUGCUCUCCUGGAUGAGGCUUGCAUGUUCCCAAGAUCAACACAUGAAACAUUUGCUCAAAAGAUGUAUCAAACGUUCAAAGAUCACAAGCACUUUAGUAAGCCAAAAUUAGCUCGUACUGACUUCACAAUUUGCCACUAUGCUGGUGAUGUCACUUAUCAGACCGAACAGUUCCUGGAAAAGAACAAAGAUUAUGUUGUUGCCGAGCACCAGGCUCUGCUAAAUGCUUCGAGGUGCACCUUUGUUGCACGUCUCUUCCCUCUUCUUGCAGAAGAUGCUAACAAAAAGUCAAAGUUCUCUUCGAUUGGUUCACGAUUUAAGCAACAAUUGGUGACAUUGCUUGAAACGCUGAGUACUACUGAGCCUCACUAUAUUCGUUGCGUGAAGCCCAAUAAUCUUCUGAAGCCUUUGAUCUUUGAGAACCAAAAUGUUUUGCAACAGCUACGUUGUGGGGGUGUGAUGGAGGCAAUCAGGAUUAGCUGUGCUGGAUUUCCUACUAGAAAACAAUUUGAAGAAUUCCUAGACAGAUUUAGUUUACUUGCUCCUGAAGUUUUGGAUAAGAGUUCUGAUGAUGUAGCUGCCUGUAAGAAACUUCUUGAGAAGGUUGAACUCCAAGGAUACCAGAUUGGUAAGACGAAGGUUUUCCUUAGGGCUGGACAGAUGGCUGACUUGGAUGCUCGGAGGAAUGAGGUCUUAGGCAGAGCAGCCAGCACCAUCCAGAGGAAAUUCCGCUCCUACUUGUCCCGCAAAACUUUUGUGAUGCUCCGCAAGGUUGCAAUAAACAUGCAGGCUGUGUGCAGAGGUCAACUUUCUCGACAUAUCUUCGAGGGAUUGCGCAGAGAAGCUGCUGUUUUGGAGAUCCAGAGAGACAUACGGAUGCACCUUGCUAGGAAGUCUUACAAUGGAUUAUAUUUUGCAUCUGUUUCCAUUCAAUCAGGAAUACGUGGUAUGGCUUCCCGUGACGAGUUACGGUUCCAAAGGCAGAACAAGGCGGCAAUUAUGAUUCAGAGCCAUUGCCGCAAGUUCCUGGCCCAGUUGCAUUACCAGAGGCUAAAGAAAGCAGCAAUUACAACACAAAGUGCAUGGAGAGCAAGGUUAGCCCGUAAAGAACUGCGGAAGCUUAAGACGGCUGCAAAGGAAACGGGAGCCCUUCAAGCUGCCAAGAAUAAGCUUGAGAAACAAUUGGAAGAACUCACAUGGAGACUGCAGCUAGAGAAACGAAUGAGGAUGGACAUGGAAGAAAGUAAAACACAAGAAAAUGCAAAACUGCGAUUAUCAUUGGAGGAAAUGCAACUUCAAUUCAAGGAAACCAAAGCCUUGCUCUUACAGGAAAAGGAAGCUGCUAAAAAGACAGCAGAAAUCGUUCCUGUGUUGCAGGAGGUUCCUGUAGUUGACACAGAGCUAGUGGAGAAGCUAACUAGUGAAAACGAAAAGCUCAAGUCCCUGGUAAGUUCAUUGGACCAGAAGAUUGAUGAAACAGAGAAAAAAUUCGAGGAGACAAGCAAAAUAAGUGAGGCGAGGCUGAAGCAGGCUUUAGAGGCAGAAACUACAAUUGUUAAUUUGAAAAAAGCUGUGCACGAACUUCAAGAAAAGAUCUUGGAUGUGGAAUCUGAAAACCAAAUAUUGAGGCAGAAAUCCCUCUUACACACAUCAGGAAAUCUCCCUCCGACUCCGGUUAAGAACUCACAAAAUGGUUACUUUUCUAGUAAAGAAAGUCUGGUCAAUGGAUCUGAGACUGAAACACCAACAAGAGCCCAAGAACAAGAAUCUGAUGCAAAGAAUCGGAGAUUGCAAAUAGAACGUCAACAUGAGAAUGUUGAUGCUCUUAUCAACUGCGUAAUAAAGAAUAUUGGAUUCAACCAGGGGAAGCCUGUAGCGGCAUUUACGAUAUACAAAUGCCUUCUUCAUUGGAAAUCCUUUGAAGCGGAAAGGACCAAUGUGUUUGAUCGUCUUGUUCAAAUGAUUGGUUCUGCUAUCAAGGAUGAUGAUGACAAUGAGCAUUUGGCAUAUUGGUUGUCAAAUACUUCAACCUUGUUGUUCAUGAUCCAACAAAGUUUGAAACCUUCUGGAACCGGUGCCACUCCACAGCGAAAACCACCUGUUUCGACGUCCUUGUUUGGAAGAAUGGCCAUGGGUUUCCGUUCAGCCCCUUCCUCUGCCGAGACUUCUGCAGCAGCGGCAGCUGCAGCUGCUGCAGUGAUUCGCCCGGUUGAGGCCAAGGAUCCAGCUUUGCUUUUCAAACAACAGCUUACAGCUUACGUGGAAAAGAUAUUUGGAAUGAUUCGGGAUAAUCUGAAAAACGAGUUGCAACCUUUGCUUUCCCUUUGCAUCCAGGCACCGCGAACAUCAACGGGACGUUCGCUACGAUCUGCAAAGUCAAUGGGCAAGGAUUCUCCUUUAGACCACUGGAAGGGAAUUAAUGACGGCUUAUACGCACUUCUAAACACACUCAAGGAGAACUUUGUUCCUCCGGUUCUUAUCCAAAAGAUAUUUAGUCAGACAUUCUCAUUCAUCAAUGUCCAAUUAUUUAACAGCCUUCUUUUGCGACGAGAAUGUUGUACAUUUAGCAACGGAGAAUAUGUAAAAUCUGGUUUAGCAUUGUUAGAGGAAUGGUGCGCCGAAACAAAAGAAGAAUAUGCUGGCUUAUCCUGGGAUGAACUUAAGCAUAUCAGGCAAGCUGUUGGAUUCUUGGUCAUCCAUCAGAAGUACAGAAUCUCGUACGAUGACAUCGCACAUGAUCUAUGCCCUAUCCUUAGUGUCCAGCAACUUUACAGAAUAUGUACACUGUACUGGGAUGACAGCUACAACACAAGAAGUGUAUCCCAAGAUGUGAUUUCAAGCAUGAGAGUGCUUAUGACAGAGGAUUCCAACAACGCAGACAGCAGCGCCUUCUUGUUAGAUGAAGAUUCUAGCAUUCCCUUCACGACCGAGGAUCUAUCGAGUUCAAUGCAAGAUAAGGACUUUGCAGAAAUGAAACCUGCCGAAGAGCUUGAAGAAAACCCAGCUUUCAGUUUCUUGCUUUGAUGGUGAAGAUACCAAAAGAAGCUGUAGGUGUUCUGUCCCUUCGAGAACACACCGGUGAAAGCAGAGGGAAGAAGAACAAAUGUCGCCGGAGAUUUCAAGAUUCAUUUUUCAUUGGCUAGACAUUGAUUGAUUCUCAUUUCGUUGGUCCCAGGGGAGUUCCUUAAGGUCUAUGCUCGGGCUGGGAGAAAUAGAGAAGAGACAUGGAACUCUUUGUUUUGUUCUUCUUGUGCAGUUUCUCCUUUGUUUCCCUUCUUUUUGGACCAACUUUAGUUUUAAUUUUUUUACCAAACAAAAAAAACUUUUAUUUUUAAUUUUUGGUGGUUUUAAUUAAUCUGGUGAAAUGCGCCAGUUGUUAUAGAAAAGAUAUAACAGACACAACUCAUGUUUUUGGUUUGUACAAAAGGAAAAAAUGGGUAAAAGAUUAGUUUUGGUAUAUAUCGAUGUUUU